AUGUUAACUUUUUCACUUAUUAUUCUAGCAAUUACUGGUGUUUUUAUUUACAGGUAUCGUGUUUUGGGGUACAAAAAGGUUCCGUAUUCAGCAAAUGGCAGGUUCGUUGAAGAUGUCACUCUUCGAUUGUAUACAUAUGUUGAGCUUGAAAAGGCAACCAAAGGUUUCACUGAUGAAGUGGGCAAAGGAGCUUUUGGGACAGUUUAUAAAGGGGUAUCAAAUGGCGGUAGAGUAGUGGCGAUCAAGAAACUAGAGAAAGUGGUGGGUGAAGGAGAGCGAGAAUUUCAAAAUGAGGUGAAUGCAAUUGGGAGGACCCAUCACAAAAAUCUGGUUAAAUUGCUUGGCUACUGUCAUGAUGGAUCAAGCAGGCUUUUAGUUUAUGAGUACAUGACCAAUGGCUCACUUGCAGAUUUCCUUUUCAGAUCUGAUGGAAGGCCAGCUUGGGAGGAAAGAAUUGGUACAGUUCUCAAUGUAGCUCAAGGCAUACUUUAUCUACAUGAAGAGUGUGUGACUCAGAUCAUCCACUGUGACAUCAAACCUGAAAAUAUACUAAUGAGUGAGCAAAAAUGUGCAAAGCUUGCGGAUUUUGGAUUGGCCAAGCUGCUCAAAUCUGAGCAAACCAGGACACAUACUGGGUUUAGAGGAACCAGGGGGUAUAUUGCACCGGAGUGGCUAAGAAACAUGCCGAUAACAGUGAAAGCAGAUGUAUAUAGCUUCGGGGUUGUGUUGUUGGAGAUCAUAUGUUGUAGAAGAAGUGUGAAUAUGGACAUUCCUGAGGAUCAAGUUGUUCUUGAGAACUGGGUGUACCAUUGUUUGGAGGCCGACGAAUUGCAUAAGCUAGUGUAG